AUGGCCCCAUGUGUCCCUCUUCCGACGUCGGCCUUCUCGCCCAGGCAGCGCAUAUCUUCUGCUCAGGAACCUCUGGUCAGUUCCUAUGCAGGCACAUCUUAUGAGAGCUAAUGAUGGAAGUAACUCUCAUGGGUCCUCGGCUGCACUCCUAUAUGUUCCUACCGUUUUCAGGGCAUGAAUGCCUGAACCAAAGUCUACCUUUGUUACACUUAAGGACUCUGGUAUUGUUUUGUCAACCGGUGGAAGAUGGUUCGGGAUUAUUUUAGUUAACCAUCUUUGAAAAACCGUAAACUUCAGGCUAAACCCUCCGUCAGUCCCCUCAAACGGUUCUCCCCGUUCGGUCAUCUUAUUCUUUUUUUAAACCAGCUACCGCGAAUUGCGGGAUUUGAUUCCUUGGCGAAAUACACAUGGGAGGACUCUAGUUUCCCCCUUAUUUGGAUGAAGUGGUUGAAAGGGAUGCCCAGUCAGAUCCACAAACCGGACUUCCAAGUAAUUAAAGGACGAGAGAGCCCCCCCCCCUCAUGCAUCGUGAUGCAAUGGUUGACCUUCGGACCAGUUGACCUCUGGAAAGCCUUUCAACCCAGCCUCACAUUUUCUGCCAAAACUGCGUGAUCAAGGAAUCGAUUCCGGUGAAACCUUGGUCUUGUCAGACCUGGCUACACCCAUAAAGUCUCUUCCUCCGGAUACGACGUGUGAGCACUGAGUUGGCGACUCGUUGGACUCCCCUGCCAGGGCCAAAGUCACUGUCAUGCAACUUUUCACAUUCCAUCCAAGGAAGUUUUUCGAAUUCUCUGACGAGGUCCACGAAUAGCCAAAAGGGACACUCAUGAAGUCCCCCCCAUUUCCGAAUCGAUGGCUGGACGACUGAGCCCCUCAGGAAUAUAAACCAGUUGUCCAUCGACGGCAUGUUGGCGACGCGUUUGUAGCAGUCCAGAAUCCGUGCAAACGUUUCCGGCUUUGCUCAAUUAGAUCUUUUCAGUAAGAUGUGGUUAUGCAGCCCCACCUGAUGGACACAAUAUUGUUGAGAUUGGGGUUAGGGGUUACGGUUGGGGGUAAAGGUUAGAGUUAAGAGUUAUGGUUAGAGGUUAGGGCAACUAUUUCUCAACCGCCCAAAGUAGAAUCGCGCAUUCCCAAUAGCAUCACUUUUGUAUACAACAACUUGACUUCGCCACCUGUGCGUCCUCCGGCCCCACCUGUAAAACCCCCAUUUACCACCGGUCCCGUAUUACAGGUUGUUGCGGUUUGUUUACUUCAGGUGGGGCUACAUAACCUUAUCUGACCACCUUUUCAUAUGCCAGACUUGCAAGGAAGCUGAUGCUCUUAUAAAAAGACUGACGAGAGGCUACCCAGAAACGACAGUGUUUAACAAACAACCGAGAUCAGCGGUUUUUACGCUAUCCACCUGAUGGCUUCGUGAGGCUUAUGCACGUGAGAAUGCGCACACACUGCAGCACACAGGAGACAAAAAGGAAGGAAGAAAUGGUUACUCACGAGCUUCUAACAACUGUUCGAAGCUGCAGUGCCGCCUUAAAACCGGUGCUCCAGGUUCUACCGGUCGCUACCACGUGCAGCCCAAUAAUGCGCCGCAAAGUCCGACAAAACUUAGGCAAGCAGUCGUCGUCUGCCACAUUCGAUGUGCUGGUUACGCCUGCAUCUAUGCGGGCCAAACGGGGCGAAAGUUGCAUUCUUCACAUCUUGAACAAGAAAAGCCUCCGAGACUGUGAAUCUCCCACCGACCGUUAACUUUGCCCUUGCCUAUGUUUGCUGUGCCUUGAAACAGUUUUUAAACAGUUUUAGACCUUGGUAAACUUGUAAUUUGGUAGCUCCACAAAAAGUGUUAAAACUUUUACGUCCACGACAGGGUUUCUGGUUAGGUAAAUUGAAGGGAACAAUUUACUAAAUCACCGGUCUGCCCUGUCUGCGGCACAGAGGUAGACAUUUCUGUUUCUACCGUCGAGUAUUUGUAACAGUACUUAUUGUCCAUUUUCGUCCGGUGACUGGAUGUCUACCAAGUGAGAAGAGGGAAACUCAGUCAAUAGAAGAAGAAUUUAUUUGUCCGACGUUUCAGAUCCACACACGAGCCCAUCCUGAAAGACAGAAAACCAUUUAGCUUCCCUUUCCAUGUUAGUAGCAAUUUUGAAUUAACUGAUGGUUUGAUCACAAACGUUUUUGGUCGUGCUUUCGAUUACUGUUUAUCUACCGCUAUUCAAGAAGUCCCGUCUCGAGUUCCAAGACAAACACGAGGCAAUCUGUUCCGUCAUGCAACGAAGCCAGGUUAGCACUCGCUGGUCCAGUUAGUAGCAAUUUUGAAUUAAUAACUUAAUCACAUACGCUUUUGGUCGUCGGUCAACUGUAAGUUAUGCUUUCGAUUAUUGUUUAUCUACUGCUACUCAAGAAGCCCCGUCUCGCAACGAAGCCAGGUUAACGCCCACCGGUCCAGUGUGACGUUAGAUAUUUAUUACUAGAACGCCGGCCUGCCUCAGGUCUCCGGUUAUAACGGAUGUCUGGAAAAACUCUUAGCGAAAAACUACUGCGCCACUGCGUGGGGCUAGUAUGUAACCAUCUUUUCUACUCGUCUUUUUUAUGAAGUCUUAAUUGCAACCACUGUCUAGCUAGGGCAAAGACGGCUAACCACCAGGCACCCAACGCUGGAGUAGACUACGAAACAGUAAAUUUGGAGAUUGGGUGGGCAAAAUCACUCAGUAAUGAGGGAUAAACUUGGCCGGAGGUAGUCGGUGGACCAUGUUUACGCUCCCUAUGCCGAACUUGUGUCCCCCCUUGGGUAUCCAAAGCACUGCCAAUAGAAGCGAAGAGACGAGUCCCAGGAAGUAGUCUUGAAGAAGGAGACACGAUAGCGGUCUGAUGCUGUCCGUAGCAUCCAUUGCGACGGUUACGUCCGUAAUUAUACAGGUCAAAAGGGACGGAAGUCGUCAUUCCGCCUUGUUUACAUUAAAGUAAUUUGGCGAGCCGGCAAUACUAGACGCAAUUGAGGCGUACGAACCGGCUUACAGAUGCGUCUAGCCAAGUCCUCCCCGUUUAUCCAGUAAACCAAUUCCCAACCUCAUCAGCAGAAAACUUUUCGGGGCUACCUACCUCCCCACCGGCUGCUAACCUUGUUCAGGCAUAUGUUCGCUGUUCUCUGAAAUGUGAGCGAAAAGUUGUAGACCUUGAAAUUUGGCCACAUAGACUAGAACCGUGUUGCAAUCCCUAGGUCUACGACAGAAUUGCUUACCGGAUUAAUCGGACUUGGCGGUAUAAUAAAUCACAUUGUGCGACAGAAAUUGGUUCUUCCGUUUUUGGCCGUUCAGUUAAGGAUUUGUGGCCCACGGAGGCGGUCCUACAGCAAUCCAAGAUGCUUACUGCAAUCAGGUUAGACCGGUACACACAAAAUUAAUGCCGUUGGAUACUCAUGAAUUUCGAAGAUGUGAUUGCUGGAACCGAUAUUUAAUUCGCAUGAAGUUUCCGGUCCACGCACGAUUGCAUCAUCAGAGACGCAGUCACCUAGCAUCCCCUUGCCUGUGGGUGACAGUUUUUAAUAUAUUAACAGCUUGGUCGCAUAGGUUUUUGAUCACUAUUAAACUGUUAGGCAAUGAGUCAUGCUUUUGAUUACAGUCUAUUUACCGCUGUGCAGCUGCGUGCCGGAACGCAUCUGUUCCGUUCUGUGACUGUCCUGUCCGCUUUCUGCACGCUGUUCGAGUGUGACAGGAGAUGUUUACUGCUAUAAGACACCGAUCGCCUACGCGAGCCUACUUAUAGCAGAUGGUUGGAAGCCUAUGGUGGUACUGCGUGUGGACCACUAUGCAACUAGUGUUUUGCGCUUGGCCGUGUCGCAGUACGUCUCUGACAUUCUCUUCUGUCUGGAGGAACAUACAUUUGGCGAUUUCGGCCAACUUUCCUCGCGUAGGUUGGCUGGAGCCAGGGCGUGGGACCUUAAAGUGCUGACCACGAGACACCCAACGCUGUAGUUGACAAUGAGACGUCAAUCCCCACAUGGCUCUUAGGGGAAUUGCUAUACAGUUACGAUAUGAAGCGAGCAAUCAUUUAUCAUGUGGUGAAUUCGCGUCACCAAGCCGGCUGAAUUAGCAGUGAUUAUUGUUCUCACUAGUACAAGGAAGCGGCGACGGCGUGGAAAGUGUUAGGUGCGAAAUCAAAGUAUGAGAAAAAGGUCAGGUCGCAGUUCGUAGCCCGCAAUGGGGAAGCCAACCUAACACUAAAACCUUAACUCUUAUCGUAAAACCUUAACCAAAACGCCAACCCAACAACCUUCCCCUAACCCGGACGGUAAAAUUUAACACUAAAACCCCAACCCUAGCCCCAAACCCUACCCCUAACUUUAUAACUAAAACCUAACCCUAAAGUCCUAACACUAACCCAUAAUUGCAAAACUUAGCCUUAAGCCCCAGCCCUAACCUUAACCCUAAAACCCAACGGCAACCUUAACCCUAAGCGCUAACCUCAACCCUAAAACCUACCACCAACUCUAACCCUAAGGUCUGACCCUAAACUUAAAGCUAAACCCUAAGGCUAACCCAAAAAUCCUAACCCUAACUUCCAACCCUAACAUUAACCUUUAAACCUAACCCUGACCUUAACCCUAAAACCUAACCCUAACCUUAACACUAAAACCCUAACCCUAAAACUUAAUCCUAAGCCUAACGUUAACCCUCAAUAAGUCCAAAAACUUGACCGAAACAGGCGACCUGCCUGACUCAGUAGAAACACACCUACUGAUAACAAGUUUCCUCGAUAAGGAAAACACACUUGCUGAUUACAAGUACGUCGACAGUAUCAACUCAUAAUGUCUGGCUAUGAACUGCGAUCUUACCGAGAAAAAAAGUUCAGAAUCACGCUCUAUGUUAGUAAGGUUUUGUUAAUGAAAAUGCCCGUAGACUUAUAGCUUUGACCUCGGUUAGCCCUCCGUCGUGGCGUAAGGCAUAUCCUCCUUCCGCACUCACUCCAUUUCGCGGUUGCCAAUGUUUUUUUUUACAUUCACAACAUGCUUUCAGCAGUCGCAGAUGCUAUUCAAUCAUCCAGGCCCGGUGCAAGAAGCCGCUCAGUUUUUGUACCAUUUAAAGGGAGGCCACAUCUGCCCUGACAGCGUGAUCUUGAUCUUACCCUAGUUGCCGCCUUCUGAUACCGGCGAGGACGAUGGACACUGUCGCUUGUUUUCACGUUGCUACGGCAACGUCGUAUCCUCUGCAUCCUCGUCGCUGUCUGGGCGAGAGCGGUCGGAGGACGAAAUUCGCGCUCGCCACAUGGCGAGGACGGAGAACCGCAUGCGCCAGCGCCUCCUCGACUUCUACAUGACGCCCUGCGAACGGUGGCGUAAAAAGGGCGUAUUUCCCUUCAAGAUGGUGACGCAGUUUGUCAAGCUGAUUGCCAUCACUGCACAGGUUAGUUCUGCCCUCCUCCCCUCCGCGUUCUCUACCCAUUCGCCGAGUAGGACGUGGUAUGCCUACGGUGUUCAGCCUGCCUCGUUAAAUGCGUUUCCUAUUAGGAGCGUUUUCUUAGGUCGAAUUUUACUAUUUAUUAUCGUUCAGGAACGGUGAUUUGCGCGUGGAUUAGUUUAACGUGGUAUUAGAAUCUACCGCACUCUCUUUUCCCUGCCCCCCACCUGGACCCGGUGUCAAGGCAGAGUCAAGAAGACUGGAGGUGGGAAGGAGAGGGCGCAGGUGGCUGGCGCGGCAGGAGCCGCACCUAGGCGUGCCACCACACUUCUCGAUCCACAACAGACACUUGACCAGGAUUUUUCGCCAACAAAAACAACACCGUAGCAGGGGCUAGAGCAACGAGGACGACUGGGCAGCCAUGCUCACCGUCUGUGUACCUAGCGGGAGCGCAAGCGCAUCUGCCGGCAGGGAACCAGAUGUCGGGAAGCUGCCAGCGCAUACCAGGCUGCGAUGGCCAUGGUUUGCUGGUACUGGCAUAGCACACGCUUACAGACCUUUUGACCAUCUACUGAAUAAGUAGUGAAGCCCAGUCAUGUGCGGUGGAGAAUAUUGCCUCCCUCUCUGAGGACUGAUUUUCAUUGAAGUAUUCUUAUUGCAACACUGGACAUUUCACUUCGAUCCUCCCUGCAUCCUAUUUUUCAUUUUGUCUCUGAUUGCUUUGAGCUUUUCCUUCCUCUUACCUCCCUCCGUCAGCUCAUCCUAUUUGGCUCACUGAAUUCAACCCGGGUCAGUUACGGUGAGCGGGCCGUAAUAGCCUUCAAACACCUCUACCUUAUUGACUGGGAUCCGCAGUACGAGACCCUGCCCUAUCCGCCUAGCACCGGCAUCUACUCCGUCUACACCCGAAAACGCUUCUACCAGAGCAUUGGAUUUGCAAUAGAACAGGUUCGUUCUGGCAGUGCGGAGUUCCAUAUUUCCUGUCCUGUCGGCAAUGUUUGCAUGCCUGUGUCUGUUUCGCCGUAAGAAAUCUGCUUCGUCUGUGGGGAGGGGAGAGAGUAAACUACUCGAGACGCCUGCGCUUGUGCAACAACAACAAGGACUCUCCAACCUGCCGCCCCCCCCUCCUCCCCAACGCACCGACCACCGAACCCUCCACUCGUUGCCGGCAAUUCAACCGUCGCAAGUGGCGAGGUCCACCACCGCCCCGGAAGGUGGAUGCAACCAUGACUUGCGCAGAAAUUAUUUAUAGUGAGGCAGACUUGCGUUGCAUCUACCUCGAUCUCUCUUCCCACACUCACUUCACUCUGAUGGCAAGACGGCCGAAGGUGGCCUGCGCGCAGUGACUGACAAGACAGGGCAACCCAGAAGAUGAAGAUGCGAUCACUGGGACGCCCUGACGCAUCUUCAUCUUCUGAACUGCUACCUGGGACUCUCCUGUUCGCUUCUACAGGGCAACCCCUCUACGCGGACCACACACACGCGUGCAAUAAGGGACACGUUGAGAAGUAGUCAUUGCGGUCCGGCUUCUAUUUUUGAAUUGGACCGAGUCAUCCCAUAAGUCGACAGGCCCCCAAGCCACGGUAUCUAGCACACCGUAAUGGUUGAAACCCUUUUAUGGUUUUUUAAAGGGGAGUAUUGAUUGUUAGAUCCAGAUUGCAUAACGUCACUCUCCCCCUUCCAUGUUCCAGUCUGUUUUUUCGAGUUAAACCUAUCUAUAUCUUCAGCAUGCGUUGUGUGAGGCGCGUGUGUGUGGCACGCGUAGACAGGCUAUUCUUAAUUCUGUCAGCUACCUUCUUCCCCCCGAUCCAAUCCGGAGAGAGUGAGGUGAACUCUCUGUGCCUAAUUUCCCGCCACAAACAAUCAGACACGCUUGAUACUCCCACGAUGCGCUAAAAUCCUUGUGCCUUGGAAGGUUGUCAAUUAACGCUUCAACUCAGAUUAGUGCAGUGUGUGUGUUUGUGCCUUGAGUGGUGACUGAGAGUCAGACUACGAUGGUUCCUUCUCACACAUGUGAGAUCAGGACCGCCUACCCCCUUUUUCGUGUGCGUUUUGGGGGGCUAGAGCGUGCAUGUGGCGCGCGAGCGCAGACAGACACUCUAGCUCUAUCAGUCACUGUGUCCACUACCCACAUCUGACAAGUGACCCACUCCGACAGCGAACUGGUGGCCGAAAGUCGAAAGAGAGUGAGCAAGGUCGACGGUCUCAGCGCAUGCUCCUCCGUGUAAACAAUCUAAUGCGCUUGAACCUAUCGCGGUGUACAUUUCGCGCUCUUAAUAAUCUCAUAAAUUUAUAAAAUUUUAAAAAAAUUAAAAAAAUGUAAUUAUACAAUUAUGAUAAAAAUGUUAUCAAAAUUAAAAAUUUUAAAAAUGUAUAAUUUUUUUAUAUAAUUGUAAAAUUUUUAAAAUACUUUAAAAAAUUUACAAUUUUUAAAUUUAAAAAAAUCAUAAAAUUUUUAAAGCGAACGACACUUUGUUUCCGGGUACAAACUUCGAGCAGAUUAGGAUGCUUUCUAUAAAAUGUAUUUGAAUUUAUAAGGGCAUCAAAAAUCAAUAAAAAAAUGCAUGCUGCGUGAGUAAUCAUUUCUUUGCGCCAGUUGUUCUUUCCCCAGACGGCCGAAAAGAAAUGCAUCCGAACUCCUGCAUCUUGACAUGUCUGAAAUCUCUUUAGAUUAUGCUGCCCGGUAAUCGGUAUUAGAACGCCACCUAAGUAACCCCUCCUAGUUGAAAACGCAUUUCAGAAUUUCAGUUAACGUUUAAUGAGGUGGGCCACCUACGGGACAUCGACUCCUGAAAUAAAAAUUAUGCCCACCACAACCUCGAAAUAGUGGAGGAAAUAUCACAGUCAGUCUGGACUGCGCUUGAUUAAUUUUGUGGGCAGGACAUUCCUAACGAGGUCGGUUGUCGGUGCUUCUUCGCCAUCUUGCAUCAGGCGUCUUCUGGUUCUAUAACUUACCCGUCUUCCUGAGGACCCAUCUACGAAAAACGGCCAGAGGGACAUCUGGUGACACUUCACACCCUGACCCCCCCUCUCUCUCUUUCAUUGUCAGCGCUGUGCUGCUUGACAGUGGCUACCUUCACAUAACUAUUCAUUUCCUGUCAUCAAUUUAAUUGCUGAUUAUCCUUCCCUCCUUUCGAAACAGUUCAACUUAACAGAGGAAAUAACCAUCAGCGGUUAUUCCUUCGCCGACCGCAACCGAACCGUGCAAUUUUGCCUAAACCAGGUCACCCCCAGCGGCCGUCACACAGGCAAUUACACCGCAGACAGCCGUAGUAAGUUGAAACCCCCCUCCCAACACACAAAUGACCUUAUGUUGUUCAAGGCAAUUCUUUUUAUUGUACGAUUAUAAAUAUUCUUGAAGGUUGUUGAGCCUCCUCGUCGCUAUUCAUCAUAGUCGUUCCCCCUGAGUCUGGGAUGUGAAAGAAACGGCUUUUUGAUCUCUGAACCCGGUCUCCCUGGCGGAUCACUCGAUAGUUCGUCACUCGAACUCGUCGAAGACUAUCAACACCUGGGUCAGCGAGCAGAACUGGCCCCACCGCUCCCAUUCCUUCACGCUCGCUCAGUGGUAGGUAUACUGGUCCAGUCGCGCUGGAGAUGAUGUCUGACGCAGCACGAAGCCUCUGUCCUCUACCUGUCACACACCUGCCUUCAGGCGCCAGAUAGUUUAGCGCUUCUCGGGGAAGACUAUUUUUGGAAUGGGCAGGUUUAUGGGUCUGACGAGUACGCAGUUGCGGGCUAUCCAGUGGUAAUGCCCUCAGUCGUGGCCGGACACUGAUCAGGCAAAUUAAUUGCUUUAUUCGAAAAUGCAGAAACGGUGCUACGACAUGGGCCUAGUGUUGCUUACAAUCCAGUUGUACCUCACCCGCGGUUUUACACAGUUCUGAAAUCUCAGUCCAAGAUAUGGCCCCUCCUGUAGUCGUUCCACCCAAUCGCCGUCUAGCGAGUCUCGACUUAACCUCGUUUUCGGCCGAUCAGGACUAUGAUCCACGUGCCUUGGUCGGACAUGUCGCGGUCUGUAGUGUGGACAAGGACGAUUUUCUGCCCUCAAGCUUGCAGCCCGCAGGCCAGUCAACCCGCUCAACCAUCAGCACAACGACUCGUCCAGCGAUGGGGAGUCUAUUGGCGUUCGCUGAUCGGUGAACGCGCUCACGCCGCACCAGUGCUUGCCGCUGGUCAUUCAUACGAUCUGUCGCAGAAAUACACCUUCACAUUCUCCAUCCGAAGGCCGGCCGUGAUUUCGUCUUAACUUCUGAAUCCCAACUUGCGCCCAAGCUCCAAAUGUUUUGAUUGGCUGGAGCGCCCGACUAUGUUAGCAGUAUACGUGCACUCUGCAAGCGGGUUCCUGUUGAACGAUGUUUGCUGUUAUAGGCUACCCUCUGGGUUACUAUUCAGUCAACAAAGUUUCUGCCUGUUAAUUUAUGAUUUAUAACUAGUUAAUCUUAAAAAGAAAGUUUUUCCAGGACAUGGAAGGUAUUUGAAACUAUCCGAUGUUAAGCCUGACGCUGUACCAGUGAAGCACAGAGCUGUCGGGAAAAUAGAAAUCACGGAGUAGUCCCGAAAAGCGCGUAGUACGAUAGCGUUCGGGGAUAACGCAGGCCGAAACCUUGAAGUUAAAAAAGGAAAGCUUCAAUCACCACGCCCAAGGGGUGUCUAUUGUUGUAUUGACUUUGGGUGGACGAAUAAGCAUUGCCUGCCAGGGUAGUCAGCCCAAUCUAUGAAAAUUGUGAAUGACAUAGCACUAACUGUGUGUUUGGCUCUGUAUGGUGAUCGUCAAACGGGACGCGUCUGGGUCCGGUCAGCACUAUAACGUCAGACCGUACCGAGCCUCCUUUUGAAAUCACUGGCGACGCGUUUGGCUCUGUUUAACCACCAGGCGGGCCUCGCUGUUGUUGCCUUAGACCAGAACGUAAGUUGGGCUGUACAAGGCAUGCAGGAGUUCUUAACCACUGCGUUCCAUGCGCCUCAGACGCCGCGUCUGACAGUGCAUCCCAUCUCAGCACCAGUCCUUCGACAGACCACUGGUUUAUGACACUGAGGUACAUCUCUCCCAUGACACUUCUACCUGCAACAGCUAUGACACACUAAAGGUCUUGGCUUCCAAGGCCGCCGACUAACGUGGCAUCUGAGUCCUCCGUUGGAUUGCAAUGGCUGCUACCCCUAUGUCAUGCAUGGGAGGACAAAGGAGUGGUUUUGAGGGCUGCCAACUGACGGGGCAACUCCGUCCUUUCUCAGGACUGCCCCUUUAUGGCACUGCCCCUCACGUGAGGUCCGAAUCGCCCUCACGGAAGCGUUGUACAUUCAGUGGGGAUCGCAUCACUUGCGUGGCGCGUGUAGACGAGCUAUUUAGAUUCUUCGGCUCUUUGGUGCUCCCAAGUAAAUCAACUUGGCUUUCCCUUUUUGCGUGGUACAGCGCGCUUGACCAUGUUUCUUUCUCUCCCUCCACCCCCCACCGUCCCAUCACUCACUCGUAGACUGCGUUUCCGUUUCCAUCUUGGAUGUUCCAGUUGGAGAGGUCAAAACAGCCGAGACAGUCAAGCGUUUUCUCGCCGCCCACAACAUCAUCAUCGACUUCAUGCGGUAAGGCUCCCAGGCUUCAUGCGGUAGACGCAGUUUUGCCCUGUUCACUGCACAUUUCCUUGUCCCUCUGAGGGUUGGUGGACACUGAUGAGCCUGCAGCCAUACGGAGCACUUUGCUGCGCAGCGUUGUCACUCUGUUCUGACCAAACCUGACUACCGGCUGUCCUCUGUGACUCCGAGGCUGUGCCGCGCCCCUGUGGACCCCAGAACGGACUACGCUGUAGAUGCGCUGGACCAACACAGGGGCUAGAUCAGAGUCCAACAAGCGUUAUCAGAAAUGCACGCCCAUAACAAAUCUCGACGCUCGGUGGCUUACACAGCGCCAAUUUGGAUCCGAGCCGUCCCCCAAUAUUUGCUGUUGUUUAAAACAGGGGAUGUGGAGGCACGUCAAGGCACGGGCACACAUCGUGCCGACCAACUGCGCCCUCCCCCCACCUCCGGUCUUCUUGACUCUGUCACGACACUGGACCCAGGUGGGGGGAGGAGGAGGAGCGAGUGCAGUCGGUGCUGUGCAAGUCUACUAUCAGCAUAAACUAAGUCACGCGCAGGUCGUCGUUCCUGUGCCCUACUUUUGUUGUGAUAUAAAAUCCUGGUCUGUCUGUUGUGGACCAGAGGGUGUGGUGGUACUCCUAGGCGCAGGUCUUCGCCGCGCUUUCCACCUGCGCCCUCCCCCCGCCUCCGAUCUUCCCGACUUUGUCUAGCAACCGGACCCAGAUGAGGGAGGGAGAGGCAGUGCGGCAGACGCUGCGCGAGUCUACUAUCACUUUAAACUGCCCCACACGCAAGUCACAUCCCUGUCCUCACCCUGCUUUGGAGCACACGGUGGACAUCGUCGAUCACGACGGCCGAACUGUCGACCACACCCUUGUAACUGGUUCCACUGACGGACGAAACCGGCCAAGGUCUGGUUCUGUCGUGAAGGUAAAGGGAAAUUGUAGUCUACUGAUACGCGUCGACGGGAUGCUUAUUCACUCACUGCGUCCAAACGCAUCUCGCAGGUCCAGUCUGCUGUUGCACGAGUCCACUCCACUAAUCAAAGUAUCGCGUGAGUCAUUUCUGCCGCCUGGAGAAUGAACUAUUCUCAACGUCAUUAUGGAAAGGGGGCUCGAUGACAUCGAUUAAGUAAGUUUGUAUGUUUUUGUCCAAUCGCAGGAUGGACUACCGGACUCCCAUUUUGCCCCAGGGAUUCGGCCAGAGCUCUUUCAGGCGGGCGCACAACGGCGAUCAACCAAAAAUUUGGAACUAUGACCAAAACUUGUAUAUGGUCUCCGGGAGGGCCGUUUCCGGCUCCUCGGCCGUCGUCAGUCUGAGUCCGCCAUGCUAUCAGGUCAAGGCCAUGAACGCCACUUCUGUUCGAGCUCAAGCUGGUAUCUGCGUGGGAUAGUUCGACCGCCCCGACCGACGAAGUCCACCUCAUGUCCCACUGAGGGGGGGGGGCGUGAAUUAGUCUAUGAUGCGGCAGGAUUUCGCAGCACCCAGCAUACUCCUUUUUCCCUUGCCUAUCUUGCUCAGAUUAAAAAAUAAUGUCAAGACAAUCAGAAGUUGGUACGGACGCAGUGACUGAUAAAGCUAGAUGACCUGUCUACGCGUAUCACACGCACGACCUGAUCCUCGCCGCGUGUAUCAGGCGUAGUUGAAGACCUGACACUCCGUCUUGCAGUCACUCGCAAAUGCUCUCCGACCACCAGCGGCAUGAUUUUGCUACAGACCGUGAGCGGUCGCCAAUAGUACUGUGUCCUCCCUUGGAGAAUAGCCCUCUUGCGUCCACGUAACCUAGUCUUCUGUUUGCCUGUAUAGCUGUCCGGACGGUCGACACAGGCAUUCCACUACACUCCCUGGCCUCACCGAAAUAGGACCAUAAUGCUCAGAAUCUUCUCAUUGCAGUUGCACGUUGUCACUGACUUCCACACGGUGUUAUCAAGCAGCAGACGAGUUCACUGAAUUUGCUGUUUCUUCCUUCUGACCCAACUCUCAUUCUACAUAAUGUUCGCCUUUCCUUUGUUCUCCAGCCUUCAAACCUUCCAACUGAACUUUCAACUCUCUUCUCCCUCGAUACAUCAUCUGGACUGGGAUCGCAGUGUGGAGUGUUUCCAGUUCAACAUUUCGGUUAGUUCUGUCCUCUCAGCCCUAUGCGUUUCAACUGACCCCUUCAAACUAUCUGUACAGAAGAACCCAAAUGGAUCAUUUCUUGUUCUAUGCGGCCAAUCGCAUGACUUCAUUCUGGUGAAUAUUCCGAAAAUGAAGCCGUAUGCAUCCUGGUGGUGUUGUGUCCUUUGCACAGUUGGUUUCCAUCAUAUGCCAACUGUUGUCAGAUAUAAUCCCCAUCAGCUGGUUAAAACAAUCCUACGGAUUGUGUUACGUGCUUUGACCGAGACAUGCGAAUUCGGAGUAGAGUCGGCCGACAUGCAUGCUCUUCCCCUGCUUGUUAUUCCGUCAGCCUAGCACGACGGUGACCAUCGCAUUCGUCAACCACAGGCGGCAGGAAACGCCCCCUGUCCCAAGGAGGUUAUCUUGAUGGCUUGCACAUCAGUAUGCUUAUGGCGGGGCAGGCUUGCACCGCAUCCACUUCACUCGAUGUCAGGAAGACCAGAAGCGGCUUCUGAGAUGCAGUGGCUAACAGAGUUGAAUAGCUUUGAUGUGUGAGCCAUAUACAGUGCGUGACCGAUCUCACGAAAUGUUGGCCAAAAAUCUGGAAUGCGAUCCGAUUAGGAAGGAUUACUUAAAUGGGGUUGCUAUACUGAUUAUCAUGCAGCAUAAGUCUAUAACAUUUAGGACUCGCCAGGGUGUUGGCUUUUAAAUGCACUUCUUCUUGACCUCCUGCAGAAACCACACUCGGCAAAAAAUGGCUACUUAAGUAGCCUGUAUUUUGCCUAUUGCUUUUGGAUGGUAUUAUAAAUUCAAACAAAUUUUUUAGAGAACAUACACAAAAAUAUGCUUUCUUUUGCUCAUUUGGUAGAAAAUCACAUUGUCUUCAUAUUUUAUGCCCGAAGAAAGUGUAUAUUUCGGUAUUAAAAAGGUUUCUAAUUUUGAGAUUUUUAAGACCGUGCGAUGUCCAUGCAUGCAAGACCGCACAUGUCCUUUUACUAAUACUCCUCAUGAAAUGUACAACACAGUCCGGAUCCAUUGCAUAAUUUCAUGAACUCUGUUUAAUAUAUUCUUAAAGACAUAGAAGAAUAUAUGAUUUUCUUUAAGCGGAAAGCAUCCACCUUGUAGACUGAAAUUACUGAAUGGCGGAACAGGCUGGAAAUUAUUCGGGAAUUUGGAAACUUUUUUAAAGCCUAAAUAUUCACUUUCUGCGGACAUAAAAUAUGAAGACAAUGCGAUUUCCUACCGAAAGAGCAAAAGGAAGCAUAUUUUGUGCGUGUUUUCUAUAAAAUAUCUUUGAAUAUAUAAGGCCAUCGAAAAUCAAUGUGCAAAUGCAUGCUACUUAAGUAGCCCUUUUUACCGAGUGUGAUUUUUCAGGAAGUCAAAAAGAAGUGCAUUCAAAAGCCGACAUCCUUUAGAGUCCGAAAUGUUAUACCGUUAUGCUGCAUGCUAAUCAGUAUAACAACCCCACCUAAGUAAUCCUUCCUAAUCGGAAACGCAUUGCAGAAAUCUGGCCAACAUUUCCUGAGAUCGGUCACGCACUGUACUUUUCGGGACUAAAAAGAGGAGACGAUGCCUGAUAUCGCGCAGGCUAGAAUUCCUUUAAGUUCACAUUCGGGAGCGACCACUGCUCACUUCUCAUUCCUGAGGAGUGUCGAAUUAUCUCGUCCUUUGGAAACUUUCCAAGUCUCGAGGCACAUUUGGUUGUUUUUGGUGAGAAGGUAGAUGCAGCAGGUUGACCCCAUCCUCUCUUUCCUCUUCUAUGCCACCGUCAAGCCGACCGCAAAUGAGAUUGGUUGCAGUACCUGAAGUGCCUUCUGGUCCACACCUAACGCGUGCCAAACACCAACUCGGGUCUCGAGAAAACGAGAGGCGUCAUGCGGACCACCCUUAGGGGGGUGGGGGGGGGGACAUAUCAAUUUGUUUCUCUUUCCAUGAGAAAAUUGAGGUCAACUGACAAUCUUCCAAAUUACUACUUUCCUGGAUGGUCGUUUUUCUCCUUUUAGUAGCCCUCAGGCCUCCUGUCAACUGGAUCUCGUUUUAUGUUUCGGUCCUGAGAAUUGUCUCUUAAAUCAGUCGUCAAAGCGGACUGAGCUGUUGCGUUAAACCGACACAGAGGCAGCACACGCGUGUACGACGCGCUGGAUGGAGGCUUUCUACCAUAUCAGACAUUGGGCCUGGUCUCACCUCUAGCCAACUUUACUCUAACUGACCACAACCGGUGUGGGGGGGGGGUUGAGAUAGACCCAGCUCCAUUGCAGUGCAUCACUGCCUGACUAUAAGAAGUCUGGCCGCGAUGACCCGCCCUUAAUUUGGCCUCAUGACACCUCGAAGAGAGUUCCGAGAAGCCGGCCUCUGAAGUCCGGUCCGUGUAAUCAACAGCACCCGCGUGGAACGUGUAGACGCAACUUUAACCACCUUAUUAAUGCUCAUAUCCGGCCGUGUUAUAUGCCCCAGUAGGAUGACGCCAGUUGUGUGCGGAACAAAAGACAGAAAGGAAACCAGAGAACAGCUUUACUGCGUCAGUCGCCGUGUAUACAUCAACUCGUAAUCCUUCCGUCCGUGGCUUCGUCUGGCUUGCGUGUUCCUACUGGUCCAGUCCUGAGCGCCCGCAUGGCCAGGCCCUCGCGUGUUGUUCUGGGCCGUCCUAACAGGCCGUAUUGACUUUGAGGCCUCGUGGGUAUUGGACGGGUGAUUCAGGUUCUGCGCAUGUCCCCUCCCCCCAAAAAAGGAAUCAUUUUUUACGUAGACACUAUCGCACCCAUGAAACCGUGUCGGUCCAUCUAUCUCAUAAACAGUUACUCAUCGACAUCCUAGUCCCUUUCCGCACCUCCACUUGCUUUUAACCCGCCUUGGUUGUUUGCAUGUGUGCCCCUUCUUACACUUUCUCCUCCCCCCUCUCCCGCGGCUGCCUAGAUAACUUUCGAUAACACUGGGCAGUCGGGCCAGGUGUCGGUUCAUCUUGAUGCUCAACCAAUUGAGAUUGCUUGUGGCGUUGUGGGUAGCGAGUCCGUCGCCAGCCCCUCUGCUGCGCCUGAAGAUGGCCCCCUCUCAUCCUCCUUCCGACGUAACGUUCACCUCGCGGUGGACCUCCUCGCUUUCGACAUGAGUCUCCUCUCCGCCCUCAUGUGCCUCCGUUCCAUCUGGAUGGGUUGGUCGCUCUGGAAGGUAAGUCGACACUCAGAACCCCGUGUGGUGACAUUCUUAGGCGUCAGUCCUGCCCUUUUAACUGACCGGACAUGUUGAAUACACUUUUACACCUAACCACUACUACUUGCAUACUGUCAUGCUCAUUGUGCUUCUUCUAAUCUGCGCACGAGUCUUUAGCGUUGCGCGCAGACGUUUUUUCGCAUAGUUUCUGCCUUUUAUGUUCGGGAACCCACUAAGAAACUCCAGUGGCCGUUUCUUCCUCUUUAGUUAGUGUACCCUGGAAUCGGCUUUUACUGCCAUCCACCCCAGAUAGCUGUCUAAUUCAUGGCUUUAGGUACAGGAAGGUGUUUUUGUGUUCCGAAUUAACUUAUGUCAUGCUUACUCAAAUACCUCAUGCGACUGCAAACAAACCUGAUCUAGACGGUUUCAGUGAUAUCACCGACGGUUCCUCUCUGCUGGUUGCGAUCUACGCUAACUGAUCAAGUUAGAUCAGCGUAGACUGUCCUUUCCCCACGAAUUUCCGAGAACUACCUCGAUAUUUUGGCGGUCCGUGUCUGGCCAGGUCCGACUGAGAACGGUGGCACUGAACUCCUAGGGUGGGUGACAGGGAAAGUACCCGAGCUACCUCAGACGUUUUUCCAGGUGAACCUGAUAUAUCCCUGCAAAAUAGACCAGUCAAGGCGAAGCGGGCGUAUUUCAAAGGAUCACUUUCACUCGACGACGUUCAAAGGUCUCUAAUUUCCUCUCGUCUUCCAGGCUUUAUCAAUCAUACAGAAGGACUAACCAAACGUCUGCUUAGUGGAAGACUGUUCUGCCACUGUGUAUUAGGUUAGGCUACACCCCAGCUUUGGUGGAGUAACUGCCUAAUAUUCACAUUCUAUCAAAACACAACUAUUAGUAUAUAGAUAUCGAUUGGUAGAGGGGCGCUCACCGAUCGUUUCUACGGAACUCACACGUCCUGUUGUGCCUUACGGGCUCUCUCUCGAGUCCAACCAGCAGUCGCACAGCGGCGCAUGACAUAGGCAAAAUAGUAUUACUGACAAAGACAAGGGAGACUAGAAUGGCCAUUUCUAGCUAAUUAGCUGUCGUCAGCCAGUCAUACCCAAUCCCGAAGUUUGAAACACCUGCGUUGAUUUCUCUAGACUCCUAAAUUAUUGCCCAUGUUGUAUGGUACGUGAGUUGAAAAAUUAUAUUGCCUGAUGGGCAUUACUCAAACUGAUAAAAUCGAUGGACCUCCUAGGGAACUUAAUUGGCGAUCUUGGCAGGACACGGGAACGCGGACCUUCUCUCCCCCCCCCUCCCCAAAUUACUGGUGGCUUUGUGCUAAAUUCCAGGGGUUGCUGGUUUGGUUAAAUGCUUAGGGUUGGGGUAAAAUUUAGCACAUGGAGAUGCGUACCCCCUCUGUGACUUAGGGAAAACCCCUCUGUAGUACGAGCAGUCUAUAUUCCCGUGCUUGAGCGUCGCCAAUGCGCCUGGAGAGUUCAGAUUGAUUCAUUUUACACUGCCAUAUUGUUGAUUUUCGACGCCCCUAAAAGUCCAAUUAUAUUUCGUGGCAAAACAUGCAUAAAGUGUUCAUUCUUUCACUCAUUCGGUAGAAAACGACGUCUUCUUCUUCUAAUUUUAUACUCGAAGGAGGGACAUAAUUCGGUUUUUAAAAAAGUUUCUAAUUGUGAGACUUUUAAAUACCCUGAAAUGGCCGUUCAUAAAUCUUUCUAUCUCUGCAUUUACCAAUUUGGCUUUUAAAGUUAACAAUAUGGAUCAAAUCUACUGUUAAUUUUUAUGAACCCCAUAUGGUCCCCUUUAUUACCUUAGAGAAAUGUGGGGUUUUCCGUACGCCGAAAAUAUAUGGCUUGUAGUUUGGAAACCCUGAAUGCAAGUGUAACGGUAGAGCGCGUUCAAAACCAUUCAGGAAUUGGAAAAGUUUUUGAAAACCGAAUUAUACCCUUUCUUCGCGUAUGACAUUGGAAGAAGACGUAAUUGUCUACCGAAUGAAUCAGCAAAAGAAUGAAUAUUUUUAUGCAUGUUUUCCAUGAAAUAUAACUGGACUUUUAGGGACAUCGAAAAUAAACUACAAAAAUCCAUGCUACUUAAGUAGUAAUUUUCUACAAAGUGUAGUUGUUGCAUGCAGUCGGAAGGAAGUUCAUUCGUAGCCGGCAUCCUGAGGUAAUUGAGAUAUUAUAAAAUUAUGUUGCAGGCUGAUUAGUUUAACAACCCUACUUAAUUCAUCUUUUCGGAACGAAAACGCAUUUCGGAAUUUCAUCUGACAUUUCAUGAGUUAGCCCACCUGCUGUACGAAUCUCCACCUGGCCACCAGACGGAAAAAACGACUAAUUAAUCUAUAUGUCUUGUAUCCAUCAACAUCUCAUGAUUACUCAAAGUCACCUAGUCGUAUUUGGAACGUCACUUUAAAAAGCUCACUUCUGAUUAACAUUUAGUGAGAAGUUUUGGAAAAUUUAAAAAGCAAAAGCACUUACUCCUCGUCUCCUUCUUCCGUCCUGCAGAAAACUAAACAGUUUUUCAGCAGUUGGUACGGAAUCCGUCUGCACGGUGUCUUCUGGGAAUUCGUUAAUCCCUGGUACCUGCUGUUUUUGCUCAGUGAUGCCCUCAUUGUUGCCGGCUCCGUCUUCAAGCUGGCGAACGAUACCAAUGUAAGAGCAUACACCCCACGCCGCCGCCUGCUGUCGGUUUCCAUUCCCUCGUUUGAUUAGCUGUGAUUUUUUGUGUCCUUCCGACCUUCUUUCUGCCCUUUUCCCUUUGUCGCCCAAUUCUGGUGUUACUUUAUUGCCUUUUAGGUUUUAGAGCACUAUAACGAAUGGUCAUACUUACUGGGUCUCGGUACCCUGUGCGUUUGGCUUGGGCUUCUCCGAUAUGUGGGAUACUCCACUCAGACCACCGUAAGUCCGCCAUCUCACACCUUCUGCUUGUCAAGAUGUCGUUUUACCGCCUUUGUCAGGCUGGUUGGCACUCCCCUCCCCCAACUUCGGUUUUUUUUCGCCGUUUUGGUUCAAUUGCUGCCCUGUUCACACCUUUGGUUUCUGGGCUGACGGCUGCUGACCCAAAAAAUGCAAUGGGCACCGAAACCAAUGUAACCCACACAACAGUUUUAUUGUGACCUCGGGCCAUGUUGCUUUUAGUAUUUUCCGUCAGCGAGUCUUUGACUGCAAAAGAGCACACAAGACAACGAUUUCAGCCAGUAAAAUGUAUUCAAUGAAUCAUCUGAAGUUUUGCCGGGGGGGGGGGUGCUUCUGAGCCAACCACGUCGUGCCUCUUGGACUGCUUGUCAUUCCUGCUCCCCCGAUGGGCAGAUAAGUAUACCCGAAAAGUUCUCUGCCCAUGAGAUGGGGAAUUGGUCUACUGGGUAAACGAGGGAGACUUGGCUAGACGCAACUGUUAGGCGAUUCGCAUGCCUCAGUUAUGUCUAGCGAUACCGAUUCGCCUAAUUACUUUAAUGUAAACAAGGCGGGAAUGCGACUUUCGUCCCUUUUGACCUUUAUAACUGCUGGCGUAACCAUCGCAAGGGAUUUUACCACCUCAAAUUUCGCACCUUCAUGUCCACCCUGGAGUGUCACUUCAGUCUCAUAUGUGACGUCAUAUAUGUGACUGCGGUGGCUCUGCUUCUUAAACCGCUUGUCAUUUCUGCCCUCCCCCCCCCUUUGUUUUUUUUCCUAGCUCCUAAUACGAACAAUUACUCGCUCGGUGCCAGGCCUUCUGCGUUUCUGCGCCUGCGCCCUCGUCAUCUACUUUGCCUUUGUGCUCUGCUGUUGGGUCAUCAUUGGUCCCUACCACCUAAAAUUUCGUACCUUCAUGUCCACCCUGGAGUGUCUAUUCAGUCUCAUCAAUGGAGACGACAUGUAUGUGACCUUCUCGAUUAUUGGAGCAAAUCAGGGCCUCGGAAUCUUCCUCUUUAGUCGCCUCUUCCUCUACCUCUUCAUAACCCUAUUCAUCUACGUUGUCCUCAACAUCUUCGUCACCAUCAUCUUUGAGGCCUACGAGGAGGUGAAGGUGAGCGAAUGUCGGCUUCUGUUCUCUCGUCGGCUUAACUCAGCCGCUCACAGCGCACAGGUGGUGACAUCGUGCCUUUAUUCUUUCUGAGUCCCGCCAAGCUACAGCCGAUCCUUUAGGGACUGAAAGAGGCAGGACAGUUUCCUUUCGGUUGUCUGCGGAGGACAUGUUUGCGUUAUGCGAGUUUCAUUCUCACAACUCCUAAGAAGCAUGUGGGGGUGAAGCCCAUGGACGAGCCGUUCUUCUUGGAGCUCCAGUCUAAGACCUCAGUAGUUGCCUUUUCUGUAAGCACUGUUGGUAAUGCUAUUCUGCCUACAUUACGCGCCGCUGUGCGGGCGUUGGCGGGGCUCUAAAGACAGCCCGUAAGGUACAACGGGACGAGUGAGUUCCGUAACAUGAUUGGUACGCGCCCCUCCAUCAUUGUUAGUAUAACCAAUCACAACCGACAGGACAACGAGCUCGUAGCUCAGUGGUUAGGGCGUUGUACUUCUAACCAACAGGUCGUGGGAUCGAGCCCCAGGGGUUGCACACCUCGGCGUUGGGUAUGGCUGUCUGACGGUGGCUAAUACACCAGAAGUGGCCCUUCCAGCCUCUCUAGUCUUUAUCGGUAGCGCUAUUCAGCAUCGUUUAUCUUCAAAUAAAGCCCGCUCACCUGUGUCUAAACCUCGUCAACCGUACCGUGGAUGGUCCAGACUGCACUACAGAUAAGUAAAGCCACUGCGAACUGUGUACAACAUCACUAUUCAUCCAGCUGGUCUAAUGAUGCAACCACACUACACGACAAAUUGUCGCUUCAUAUCACAACUGUAUAGCCUGUUGGGGAUUAACUUUCACCGAUCUGGCGGAAGUUUAGAACGGGAUUUGGACGUGCGGUUUUGUUUGGAUUUCUCAUCCAAAGCCUUAGCAGUCACCGUCUCCUCUGUCGUUUUCGGUGAUACUUCCCUUCUUGGGCAUUGUUUAUUAUCACAUGUGCCCAAGCUUCCCCAACCGUAUCUUAAAUGCUCCUGAAUAUCCUCUAAAGGCUAGUAUAGUCACUGCGAACUGUGUACAGCAUCACUACUCAUUCAGUGGGCUUGGUGAUUUAUACCGAUAACAUGGCAAAUGAUUGCUCUAUAUCGCAGUCCGUGGGCGAGGGGAUCCCGAAUGAUGCUGAACCAGUUGGCAUGCCAGUUAUGUAGACCCGAUAACGCAGGGUCAGAGUCAGGAUUAAGGCGAUCUUCCGCCACCUCCACCCUCGUCCUCCUCAGCUGACCAAUCGGAUUCCGUCUGGAGGGGCAGUCGGCUUCGAGUGGAAGUACGCCCGGACAGUAUCGACCUCAGGCCAGCACAAAAAAUGACCGAGACAGUUCAGUCGAUAAGUAGUUAGAUGAGGCUGUAGUUAGUUGACUCGUCCUACCUUCCUACCAGACGGACUGUAUAGAUGUGCGUUGGAGACGCGUGAAGAGAGACAACUUCGACAAAUGGGCCGCAGACGUGAUCCACCGACUGCCGGUCGAGUUCCUCCAUCAUUACUGUCUCCUAGUCAACUCCAGCGUUGGGUGUCUCGUGGCCAGCUCUUUAAGGCCCAAUGCCCCGGCUCCAACCAACCUACCCCAGGCAAAACACUAGUUACACUGUGGCCCUUACGUAGUACCACGAUAGAUUUCCAACCAUCUGCCAUAAGUAGGCUCGCGUAGGUGGUCAGUGCCUUAGCAGCAGUAAACAUCUCCAGUCACACCCAGCCAGCGUGCACUAAGCGGACUGGACAGUCACAGGACAGAACAGAUGUGGUCUGGCUCGCUUUUGAUGGACCGCUUGUAGGCAGCUGCAUUGCAGUAAAUAAACUAUAAUCGAAAGUAUGGAACAUCCGAGGCUCGAACUCGCGACCUGUUAGUUAGAAGUCCACGUCUCUAACCACUGGGCCACGAGCCCGUUGCCCUGUCGGUUUCGAUGGGGAAUAUACAAUGUUAGGGGGCGCUCACCAUAUGACUGGCUGACGACGGCUAGUUAGCCAGAAAUGGCCAUUCCAGUCUCUCUUCUCUUUGCCGGUAAUAAAAUACUGCCUAUACCGUGCGCCUCUGUGCGGCUGCUGGUUGGGCUCGAGAGAGAGUCCGUAAGGCACAACGGAACGAGUGAGUUCCGUAAGAACGAUCAGUGAGCACCCCCUACUAUCGAAAUAUGACUUAAUGCCUUACAGUUUACUAGUGAUCAAAAACCGAUGCGACCAAGCUGUUAAUAUAUUCAAAACUGUCACCUACAGGCAAGGGUAUGCUAGGUGGCUUCGCCUCUCUGAUGAUGCAUUCGUGCGUAGACCGGCUAUUACAUCUGAAUUUAUGAGUAUCCAACGGCAUUACUUUUGUGUGUACCGGUCUGACCCGAUUGCAGUAAACAUCGUGGAUUGCUAUACGACCGCCUGCAUGGCCCACAAAUCCUUAGCUGAACGUCCAAAAAACGGAAGUACCAAUUUCUUUCCCACAAUGGAUUCAUUAAAUUGUUCCUUCCGACUUUUCCAGCAAGCAGUCUUGUUGCAGAGCCAAUGCUUACAACUCGUUUCUAGAGCCUAUGUGGCUAAAUUGCAAGGUAUACAACUUUUUCGCUCACAUUUCAGACAACAGCGAGCGUAUGCCUGGACAAAGUUAGCAGCCGGUGGGGAGAUAGGUAGCCCCGAAAAGUUUUCUGCUGAUGAGGUUGGGAAUUGGUCUACUGGAUAAACGGGAAGUAAUUGGCUAGACGCAUCUGUUAGCCGAUUCGCAUGCCUAAAUUACGUUUAGCGUUGCCGGCUCGCCUAAUUACUUUAAUGUAAACAAAGCGGAAUGACGACUUCCGUGCCUUUCGACCUAUAUAAUUUCGGGCGUAACCAUCGCAAGGGCUGUUACGGACAGCGCCAGACUGCUAGCCUAAAUUAAAUCAGAUUUUGAGGUUUAUAACUUAACUGCAUGUAGUGUCGAUUGUCAGUUGUUCGGCGCAGAUCCUAAAGCUCCCUCCCUCCCCCCUCUAUAGCGUCGGAGACGUGCUGUUGCAAGGUAACACAUAUCACCCCCAGACUGCUUUCCUCUUGCUGCCCUCUGCUCUGGCACGAUCGCAGGUAACUGUUGAGGUCUUUUCGAGAAAAACUGAUAAGAUGGCCAACUAUCUCGUCGGGGACCAUGUGGGCUUUCCUUUUUUUCUACUAUUACUGACCUGAGUGGAAGGUGUGGUCCGUGAAUCUGAUUAGUCACCCCUAUUCACCGACAAUUUGAAUAAGGACGAAAUAAAAGUCCUUCCGUUCAUUCUGUCCUCCUCGAGACAGCAGGUCAGACUGCGAUGGCCGCGACGAUGAUAGAGCGCCUACUCAUAACAUCAAAAAUCGCAUCCUUGUAAUUAAAAGUGAUCUUGACUCAGUUUUCUGUGCCUACGUCAUGGGUAUUGCCGCUGUUCACGGUUAUGUCAUCACAUCUCUUUUAGGAACUACAAGAGCUUGAAGACCACCCACCGACAAAUCCGCUGUGGCACUUUAUUCAGACGCCGACAGCAGCCGAUCUCAUUGACGGUAGUGGUGGUGGUGGCGGUGGCGGUGGCGAUGGGGGCGACAUUGAUGACUUCCGCGUGAUUGGAGAGGACCCCACCACACCCCCUUCCUCGCUGAAUGUAACCACGGCGACGGUCGUUGCGUCGGCCACCGCAAACGCUACAUCCGCAACGCCCACUCAUCUUUAUUGUCAGGACUCCCCAAGCGCUUCUCACCGGCGAAGCUCCCUUCGUCAUUCCAGUUCUAGUCUAUCCGUAGAACGGACGCUUUCCAAGGUUUGCAUAUUCCUCUCUCCUCCUCCUCCUCCGCCUCGUCAUCAUCAUCACCAUCAAACUUAUCAUGCAUGGUUGCUUUCUAUCCAAUAUUCUCCGUCCCGUCCGCUACCUUUAUUUCAUUUUCCGGCCUAUUUCUUUCCUCCAUUUCUCGUCUGACCCUUCAUGUCCUCCUGCCUUAACCUUUCACAUCCUGGCGUCUGGUCCUUCUACGCCAUCAAUUUUCCAUCUCUGUCAGAUUCUUUCAGUCAUCUACCCUCAUUGCCUGUCUUCCCCUGUCCUCUUUUUCGUCAUCUAUACGCACCAUCGAAUAUCGCAAUUUUUCUCCACUAACUUUCCUUUGCCAACUUCGAUUCUCACUCGUCCUCUUUCUUGUCUUCUUCCUGGUCUCUAUUACGUUUCGCCCUCCUCUCUCCUUAUUUACUUUUUUUGGCAGAGUUCUGUAUGCUGAAAUAGUGAAGCCGAUACUGGAAAAUCCACCCCCACGGCACAUCGGCGCACUCCUAAAUCUGACGCGCUUGGGCCUGCCACUACGGCCUGGAGAAUUCCUGACUGACUGGCUAGCUCGAUCUUUCACAGUUUUGAGUACCAGGACUCCUGCCUAGCGCGUGGCCCUUACGGCACGCCCACGCGCUUGAGAUCUGAGAGGACCGCCCCCCCCCCCCUCCUAAUGCAGCCAGGCACCAGACCGUGUGUGGCACGCUCAGAUUGACUGUUUAGCUUUGUAAAUCACUGCAUCCGCACUCACCUCCGGUGGGAGACGGUGAGUGGGGCAGAUGCAGCCAAGGUCUGCCUUACUAUAACAGCUCAACCGUCAAUUCCAGCGACGUCCACCGUGUUUCUAACUCGCAUGAUGGGCGCAGGGACGGUGAUGUGGACGUGAAUUAUUUUAUUGACUUGCGAAGCACCCACCGCACUCGCUCCUCUCCCAACCGCCUGAACCCUCUGUCGAGGCAGAAGGACGGAGGUGGAAUCAGCCGCAGGUGGCUGGCUUAAAUCUGCGCCUGGGCGGGCCACCACGCACACCCCCAGGUGGCAUUUGCUAUGGACGCGCAUCCCCAUUAGCACCUUACGUGCCGCGAUCUGGCCUCCGUGUUUGAUCUAGCUCAUCAACCGCGUAUCUCGUUGUAGAGAGCAGAGUACGGACACGUCGCCGUUGCUGUGCCCACUCUGUGAGGCACUCGGGGGACGCCUAAAUUUAUGACGGCGCGCUAAGUGUUGUGGCUGAAGAUACUACUCAGUCCCCGUAGUGAGUACUAUGUGUGUGGAGUGAGAGGCCGAAGGACAGAGUCAGGUACAGUGGCCCUCAUGCCUGUCGGAUUCCAUUUGCUCCUACUGUAAUCUGCCGCUCGUAGUGAGGAUCGCGUUGUGUGUGGUCCGCGUAGAUGGGCCGCUUGUCUUUGAUAGCAAUUGCGUCCAUCUCCGGUCAUACCGACUGUGUCAUGCCACUGACAGACGGUGGGUGUGGGAGGAAAGCGUGAGAAAGAUGCGGUGCACGUCUGCUUCUCUGUGAACUAAUUCACCCGUAAGACACUGCCCUUUGACCCACCUCCUGGGGCAGUAGUGGGCCUCCUCGUCCUCGGUAGUCUAACCACUGACACACAGUUCCCCUUCGGUCAGCUCCGCCUUUGCUCUUCGAGUCAAUGGGGAUCCGAAGCAGAUCACUGACAGAAAGUUUACAUGGUAAUGUUUUAUGAGUGGCGUGAAGCACGUAACCCCCGGGCCCUCUCUGUGACUUCCUUCACGCAGGAAGAGUUUACAGAACUUGUCGUUAGGUUUUAAACAAAAAGAACUGUCCACUGCGCCAGAAAGGUUUUUCUUGCUCGAAUUCCCCGCAUUUUUUCUGAAAAUGCCGGGAUUCCUCGUAGACUGAUGUCGAGAGAUUGCAAACAGUUCCCAUCCUAGUGGUGCAUUCUUAUGAUGGCCUGGUUCGAGAAGAGCGGGCCCUUCCCAGUGUGCACUUGGUGACGUGGAACCUCGGCCAGAUGUCUGUCGCUUUUGUAGGGAAUGUUUUUAACUGCAGACUUCCAUCGUAUCUCUACGCUCUUGGACGCAAAUUGCGCUCAUUCAAGCGAAUGGUUAGUAGCUACUGGACGAACAGUUUGCGACCUCAUUUAUUUACUGUUCUAGAGGCCCCGCUGUCAAUUACAUGUAUCUGCAUCAAAUGUUUUUCUCUCCCUCAUUCCCACCCCUUCCUUGUACAUUUCCUCCACUUUUUCUCCUUCUCUAGGACCAGUCAUUCGUAGCUUACGGGAGUCCGGACAGGGGCCGUUCGUCGUCUCAGUCGAGUGUGGCAGUUAUCCCAUGAUUCGGUAAGCUGAGGGCCAUUGCUUUAAUUAAUGUGCUACGUCGAUUAAAACGUAACAUGAAAAAGACCGCUGUCUCUUCUGGUCUCCUUACUCGCAUGACCCAAUCCCAGACCUGCCAGCUGUCUUACGGAUCCGUAAGCACUAGUUCGUGCGCCUACCAACGGAGCCGUCUGGUUUGCUUUCGCCGUCGGAGGGAGAGACCGCGGUUCUGCUCUUUUGCCACCUCCCAGACUCGGGUUCCAGUGAGACAUUUGUAUGACUUUCUUCAGCGCACAUUUCGAUGGUGCGCCACGGAAACAGAAAAGCAGUCGUGCCGACUGCCUUGCCGUAGGAAGUAGUCCGUCCUCGGGACAUCGUCUGACGCCUCGCACUCACCUGUGACUUCAGCAGACUGACCUCAGCACAUCAAUCACACGCCGGUGACCUCCCUGGUGGACAGGUGAUGAUGGCAGAGCAGAUUAGCUGGCGCACGCGUGGGUUUAUAUUUUGAGUCUAGUUCUCGAGUAUUUGGCCAGCCUGGCCAAUCGCGCGGCAGUACGUGUAAGCAGAGACUGCAUUUGAGCCACUGAACCUCCUCUCCGUAUCCUUUGUAAGUCCAACCAGAAUAAUUGAUUGAUGAUCUUCCGAUCGUCCAAGAACCCGGUCAAAUCAUGGGUCUGUCCGCUUUAGUUCCUGGCCUCGUGGGCGACCUUCCUACUCCACUUUUGUGUCUUAGGAUUGUGUUGGCAUAACCGGUGAAGCUCUCUUGGCCUGCGCGUAGUAUUCACCAUAUCGCAAUGUCGCCGCAUGGUCCGCUACUGCAUAUUCGCAGCUAAUCUUCACUGAAGGCCGUUUCGUAAUCCGCCUAGCCGACACUACGUUUACCGUUUUUUCCCGGGAGUUCUUGUCUUCCAGGUAUAGUUUAGUAGUAGUAUAGUAGUAUAUUCUAGGGUAGUAGGCAAUGCCCUUGAUGACCUUGUUGAAAAACAGCACAUACAAUAUAAAUAUUGAAUGCACAUCGUACUAACACUUUGCCAGUAGGAUGUGCAUUUAACAUUUAUAUUGUACGCACCGUUUUUCAAAAGGGUCAUCCUGCGCCAACCAGAUCGCGCAUGUGGCACGCGCAGACAGGCUGUUUACAGUGAGUGACCGAUCUCGUGAAAUUUUGACCCGAAAUUCUGAAAUACGUUUUUGAUUAGGGAAGAUUACUCAGGUACGGUUACAAUAUGGAUUAUUAUGCGGCAUAACCCUAUAAUGUUUCGUGCUCGUCAGAAUGUCGGCUUUUGAAUGCACUCCUUUUUGUCCUCCUGCACAAACUACUCUCGGUAAAAAAUGACUACUCAAGUAGCAUGCAUUUUUCCCAUUUACUUUCGAUGGUCUUAUAAAUUCAAGUAUGUUUUAUAGAAAACACGCAUAAAAAUAUGCUUAACUCUGCUGAUUUGGUAGAGAAUCACUUUGUAUUUAAAUUUUUUACCUGAAGAAAGGGUAUAUUUAGUUUUUGAGGAAGGUUGGUAGAAAAUCCCAUUGUCUUCCCAUUUUUUGCCAUAACAAAGGUUAUCUUUUGGUUUUAAAAAAGUUUCUAAUUUUGAGUCUUUUAAGACCAUGCAAUGUCCAUUCAUGCAGCAUCGCAUAUGUCCGUUUGCCAAUGCUUCUCAUUAAAUGAAGAACAUAGUCCGCAUCUAUUGCGAUAUGUUAUGAACUUUGCAUGGUACCUUUUAAAAGGUAUAGCAGAAUGUAUGAAUUUCCCUACGCCAAAAGCAAACACCUUGUAAACUGAAAUCCCUAAAAGCUAAUGCAACGACGGAUCAGCCUCGAAAUUACUCGGGCAUAGAGAAACUUUUCCGAAACCUAAAAAUACACUUCCUUCCGGUAAAAAAAUAAAUAAAACGAAAGUGGUUCUCUACCAAACGGAUGAAAGAAAGCAUAUUUCUAGGCCUGUUUUAUACAAAACAUAUUCGAAUUUAUAAGACCAUCAAAAAACAAUGUGAAAAAUGCACGCUACUUAAGUAGUCCUUUCCUACCGAGUGCGGUUUCUACAGAAGGUUAAAAAGGAGUUCAUUCAACAUUCAAAAUCCUGCCAAGUUCGAAACAUAGGAUUAUGCCGUAUAAUAAUCCAUUUGUAACCGUACCUGAGUAAUCCUCCCUAAUCAAAAACGCAUUCGAGAAUUUCGGUCAACAUUUCGUGAGAUCGGUCGCUCACCGUAGCUUUGUCAGCCAUUGCGCACGAUUCCGCAUCCGACCUUUUUGACUCUCUUGAGAUGAGGGUCAGGUGGGUGAAGGAGGAAAAAGUGCUGUAGAUGCGACGCAUUUCGACAGUUACUACAAACUACUUCACACACAAGUCUCCGUCCCUGCGCACGCCCUUCUGUCGGGUGGACCUCGUCGGUAAUGACUGUCGGACUUUCAGCUAUCUCAAGCGUCUGAAACGCUAUCACUGCAUGGCUACUGUUUGGUGCGUUUCAGAGCCUACCCGCGGAUCCACGAUCGGAUCAAAGUUAACUGUCACGUGAUCAGCUUAUGGCGCCACAUUUCGUUCCGGCUGGCUGGGAACCGCAGAAAACUCGUUAAUGUGCACCUCACUUCAGUUGGAGUACAGGGCCGUCUAGUUGUGGCAACUGCCCAAACCCUAGAACAUAAUUUUGUUUCCUCCAGACUGGCGUUUUGGCCUAGUGUUCUUCGGUGGCUCAAUCGUUGUGGCGUUUUGCGUAGUGAUAUUAGACUCGAAUCAUAGACCUGCCAGUGAUCGAAGCAAUUGUGCGGUUCUCUUCUUGACAUCUCACCUUACCUCUCCCUUUUUUUCAGAACGAUGCGUAUCCGUCGCGAACUGCCGGAAGGUUUUAUUCCCUAA